CGUGAAGAAGCCAUCCCUUUACCCUCAUCUAUCCUUCACUGCAGUGCAAUCCUGUAACUCUGUUUCAUACUCAGAUUCUCUCCGUUUUGUCAUGGGACCCGGCGGACCUGGCGGCGGACCCGGUGGACCUGGAGGUCCUGGUCCGGGCCCUGGGUGGGGUCCGGGACCUGGGGGCCCUGGAUGGGGUCCGGGACCUGGAGGUCCGGGCUGGGGUCCCGGACCUGGAGGUCCGGGCUGGGGUCCUGGCGGUUUCUUUGGUGGAUUUGCAAACGGCAUCUGCAGCUUGGUAUCUUCUUGCUUGUAUUGCCUCUGCUGUUGCUGGUUGCUCCAGGAUUGCUUCGGUGGUCAACCUCCUUUUGGACCUCCAGGCCCAGGAGGACCGCCGGGCCCAGGUGGCCCACGUCCUUUCUGAUGGGCCGGCUUACGUGCGUUCAUCUACGGUAUUCAUUAUCUGGUGUGGUUGUAUUCCUGCAUUUUGAUGCUUGAAAUGGGAAAUGCACUUUUUUUUUUUGUGUGUGGUUAAAAUAGGAAAUGUACUUUUGAAUCUAUAUGUUAUGCGACAUUGUUAUAAAGCAUUUGAACUUGUUAAAUUCACAAAUGCGUUGUGUUUUUGUUGAGGAUCUGCCGCUUGAACAAUGAACUCUUCAUUUUAAGUGAUGA